CAGAUUGGAGCACCUGGUCUAGAAGGGGGUGGGGGAGAGACCCAGAGAAAGAGGCACACAGGACAGAGACGGCAAAGACUCAGAAGAAAAAAAGACACCCAGAGAGACAGAGACAAAGAGACAGAAAGACAGAGACAGAGCACUCCGGCUCAAGUGGUGGGUGCUAAGCAGAAGACCACAGGAUGCAGGGGGCGGAGCCAGUGGCCAGUGAGGUCAGAGUGUCUGUGAGGUUGGCCUCUGCAGAGACAGCCCCAAGGUCCCAGGACCCAAGUGAGUGGAAGUUCAUUGGAAGCCCCUGUGCGCCCUGCCUGAGCCAUGGACACCUGCGAGGAACCCCCCAUUGUGUCCCUGGUACCCACAUGUUCCAAAGACCCUCAGGUACUGCUGUGCGCCCUGUGGAACCCGUGAAGAAGAUAGGGCCCCAGCUGACAGUCGCUAAAUGAACAGGGUGGGGUGGAGCUCCACCCCCGGAACUUCCUCUUUCUCUGCCCUCUUCCUUUACGCCUCUCAGUCUGUGUCUUUCUCUGCCCAUUAUCGCCCUUCCCCCGCCUUGGCCAACACCUCUUCUGUCUGGGUUCCUCGAGUGGGUUGCUCCCCAUCUAGGCGAAGAUGUCUGCCCAAGAGAGUUGCCUCAGCCUCAUCAAGUACUUCCUCUUCGUUUUCAACCUCUUCUUCUUUGUACUAGGCGGACUGAUUUUCUGCUUUGGCAUCUGGAUCCUCAUUGACAAGACCAGCUUCGUGUCCUUUGUGGGCCUGUCCUUCGUGCCACUGCAGACAUGGUCCAAGGUCCUGGCUGUCUCAGGUGUCCUCACCAUGGCCCUGGCUCUCCUGGGCUGUGUGGGAGCUCUAAAGGAGCUGCGUUGUCUUCUGGGCCUGUAUUUUGGAAUGCUGCUGCUCCUCUUUGCCACACAGAUCACCUUGGGUAUCCUCAUUUCCACUCAGCGGGUCCGGCUGGAGCGAAGGGUGCAGGAAUUGGUGUUGCGGACAAUCCAGAGCUACCGCACAAAUCCGGAUGAGACAGCAGCUGAGGAGAGCUGGGACUAUGUGCAGUUCCAGCUGCGCUGCUGCGGCUGGCAAUCUCCGCGAGACUGGAACAAGGCCCAGACGCUGAAAGCGAACGAGUCUGCGGAGCCCUUCGUGCCCUGCUCCUGCUACAACUCCACGGCGACCAAUGACUCCGCCGGCUUUGAUAAGCUCUUUUUCUCCCAGCUAAGCCGGCUGGGGCCGCGGUCGAAGCUGAAGCAGACUGCUGACAUAUGUGCACUUCCCGCAAAAGCCCACAUCUACCGUGAGGGCUGCGCGCAGAGCCUCCAGAAGUGGCUGCACAACAAUAUCAUCUCCAUAGUGGGAAUCUGUCUGGGAGUCGGUCUUCUUGAGCUCGGCUUCAUGACGCUCUCAAUAUUCCUGUGUAGAAAUUUGGAUCACGUCUAUGACCGGCUGGCCCGGUACCGCUAGGCCCCAGGCCACUUGUCGGCACCCACGCACCUCCAUGCAGUCAGGAAAUGUUUCCUUCCUGGUUGGUCACAGGCUUGGAGCCCGUGCCUUAGGCCUGAUUUCCUGGGGACCCAGCUGUCUGUCCUACCGACAGCCUUCACUUCCCCCACAGGGCCAGGGACUUUCAUCCCCAGCUUCCUUCCCUGCUCCCUCCUCCCCACACCAUCUGUCUGCCACCUCCCACAUGACACCUCAAAUAAAUCCCCUUCGUUUUUGGUAAAAAUA